AUGGGCGAAAAAGUGAUGACGCGACCAUUAAAGCAUCCCGAUAAUGCUCGCUCAUCAAUCGAUGCUUUGCAGAACAGCUGUUGCGCAUAUGUUGAAAUCAGUUCUGGUCGAAGUGAAGCCUAUUUUACAUUUCAGAAAUUGUUACAUCGAAAACCAAAUGAAUACUUCUGGCCAAAAUUCUUGGUUAGUAAAGCCGGUACAGAACUUGUUGUGGGAAUUCAUGAAUCUAAUCUUUAUAAAUCACUAAUUGAAAUGGCUGGCCUAAAGGACCAAAGGAGCCGGGUUAUAUUUCGUCGCAAAAUUAAAGUAAUGGAAGUAACGUUUGGCUGGGAAAAUCAACAACUGCCAAAAUCAGUAUUUUGA